UCUUAAAAAAAAAAUGAGAGGAAAAGGAAUUAACCAUUACCAAGAUAUAAAAACCUAAAGCAGAAGCGGUUGCUACCAAGUCAUCUUUCUUUGUUGAAGAGAGGUCUGAUCUUUUCUUAUAAAGAGAAAAGAGAUCUAUCGACAGUACUCAUUACUCCCUAAGCUAAGACUACCCACUUUCACUGGCGGCGAACCCCAAAACCCUCUUUUUCUUCUUCCUCUCAUAUUAUACUUGACUUGGGUUAUGCUUUGAUGCCAUAUUUGACUUCUUCGGAGCUGCUACUCUAAUGGCUACUUCUACUCCCGAUAAUGAAGUUCCCAACGCUUCUCCCAUCCCCAAAGAAGCAGAGAAGCCUCCGAUUGAGCCCUUAAGGCUGCCCACCGUUGAGGAAAUUCGCGGCCAAGACAUUUGGAACAACUGUGCUGUUCGUAGCGUCUUUAGUGGAGUCAUGGGUGGCGCUCUUGGGUUGGCCAUGGGUUUGUUUAUAGGAUCUUUAGAUAAUCCUAUAACUCGAGAUGAGAUGAGUGGGAAGCAGCAAUUUGUUUAUCAGGCAAAGCAGAUGGGGCGCAGGAGCUGGAGUUCUGCAAAGGCAUUUGCUGUUAUGGGGUUUGUUUUCUCUGCGGCUGAGUGCGUUAUUGAAAAGGCGCGAGCAAAGCAUGAUACAACAAAUACAGUUGUUGCUGGCUGUGUUACUGGGGGUACAAUAUCGGCAAAAGGUGGUCCGAAGGCAGCAUGUGUUGGUUGUGCUGGCUUUGCGGCGUUCUCAGUUGUUAUAGAGAAGUUCUUGGAUAGACAUGAUUGAGUGGGAUCCUUGCUCCAAUUUUGCGGACACUAAUUAAGGACGAACGCCAGGCUGCUGAGUCGGCUAAUUACAGAAGAUUUAUUUUGAUUCAAUUAGAUUUUUUUCCAUCCCAACUGAUGAAAGGGAUACAACUACCAAUAGGGCAUACUAGUUAAAUGUUUUAUUUUUCACACAUAUAUUGUUUUCACCCAAGCCUCAUGGGCGAUGUUGCAUUCUUCAGACUGAAGAUUUGAGCAAGUGACUUGGGAAACUUGCAGCUUGUUACUUUUAAAUAAAUCAGUGGAAAGGGCCUUUUCGUAUUUAACUAUUA